AUCGACAGCCCUAUCACGUGAUCUGAAACAGGUAAACAUUCUCACUACACUGCAGAGAGAAUGCCUCUACAAUGAGUUUACAACCAUGUCAGAUUAAUAACCACAGUUAAUCUAUUUCUUAUCACUUGCUAAUAAAUAAACAAUUAGACCCUCAACCUACACAGAGUCCUAAUUAAUCUCAGUCUUUACAAUAUUCUACAGAAAAUUACAGAAAUGGCCUCUAGUAGUUCUUUGAAUUGGAGUAAAAAAUUAAAUGAAAUUCCAAAAUUUACUAUUUUACAAAUUGCUGAUUAUAUAAAAGUAAGAGGAAAAAACAGGGCAUUUGAAAAAGGAUACAACUUUUUUAUUGAAAGUUAUGUACAUGAUGCUUUUGUUUGUAAAACAGACAGUAAAUUUCUUGUCAAAGCAAAAUGUUGGCGAAGUCAGAAGAAAAAUGAAUUGCCACAUAUAUUAUCGGCAGAGAUAUGUUUAAAAGAAUCAAACGUUCUUGAUGGACAAUGCAGCUGUAUUGCUGGAACCGGAGGAGUUUGCAACCAUAUAAUUGCAUUGUUAUACAAUGUAAAUCACUGGAGUAGCAAGAGAAUGACAGAGAUCCCAGCAGAUAUGUCAUGUACAGAAGUGAGCCAAAUAUGGCAUAAGCCACGUGGGGACAAAAUUGAACCAGAACCAGUAAUGAAGCUCACCUUUGCCAAAGCAGCAACUGACAGACAGCUACGUAAAAGGGAACCUGUGAAAUGUUAUUUGUAUGACGGGCGUGCAAAAAAAAGUAAAGGAACUUUGGCACCAUCAAAAGAGGAGGUAGCUACUAUACAAGAAAUAGUUGGAGCACGCAACAGUAACAUUCCUAUAGUGUAUUUAACUAAAGACCACUCAACAACACACUCAACUGACACAUUAUUUGGAGAAGUUCCUACUGGUUCCCCACUCAGCUAUCAACUCCAAGACUAUCACAGCUCUAAGUCUGAAUUUUCAGCGUACAUUCCCAGCAAAGUUGAUAUUGUUUUGCAAGACAACCUUCGCUUCCCUGAUAUACCUGUACCAAAUUCAAGUCUUAACAUAGACUUAACUCAACUUGAUGAAACAAGCAAAACAUUCUUGCAAUCACUGGACGUAACUAAAGCCAGGUCUGAGGAGAUUGAACAAAUCACUAUCGAUCAGUCUCAGAAUAAACUAUGGCAUGAGAUGCGUAAAAAUAGACUUACAGCAUCAAAGUUUGGCGACGUUAUAAAUAGAAAAAGUGAACCAAGUGAAGCUUUUGUCAAAAAUUUAUUUACAUGCAAAGAUUUAUCAAGUGUAAAAUCAAUUUCACAUGGCAGAGAUAAAGAAGAUACUGCACGAAAAUUGUACACUAAAAAGAUGAAAAACAAUUGUAAACAUAAUGUGUCAGUAUUUCGCACAGGACUCCUAAUAAAUCCAAGCGUCCUUAUCUUGGAGCUUCCCCAGACGGCAAAGUUUUAG